AUGCCGGUGCCGCUGCUGAAGCUCGGGGCCGUGCUCAGCACCAUGGCCAUGGUCACCAACUGGAUGUCCCAGACCCUGCCCUCCCUCGUGGGGCUCAACGGCACCGCCGGGCCCCGCGCCGGGACCUCGGAAAAAAUCACCCUUUUCCAGAGCCCGGACGAGGGCUGGCAGGUGCUGAGCUCGGCGCAGGCUCCGGACGGGCGCUGCCUGUGCACGGCCGUGAUUCCCGUGCAGGGAUCCUGCGCCCGCGACCUCCGCGGCCUCCAGCUCCGACAGCUCCUGGAAAAGGUCCAGAACAUCUCCCAGUCCAUGGAGGUGCUGGACCUUCGCACAUUCCGGGACCUUCAGUACGUUCGGAACACGGAGGCGAUGAUGAAGGGCCUGGACUCGCGGCUCCGCGUGGCCUCUGAGAGCCACAAAUCCCUCAAUUCCCGCAGCUUCCAGGAUCUCCAGGAGAAGAUGAAGGAGCUGCUGCCGCUGCUGCCGGUGCUGGAGCAAUACAAAUCCGACUCCCGGCUCAUCGUGCACCUCAAGGACGAGGUCCGGAAUCUUUCCGGAAUUCUCCUGGCGAUCCAGGAGGAAAUGGGAGCCUACGACUACGAGGAGCUGCAGCAGAGAGUUCUGCUGCUGGAGGCCAGGCUCCACGCCUGCCUGCAGAAACUGGGCUGUGGGAAGCUGACAGGGGUCAGCAAUCCCAUCACCAUCCGAGCCUCGGGAUCGCGUUUUGGCUCCUGGAUGACCGACACCAUGACCCCCAGCGCCGACAGCCGGGUCUGGUACAUGGACGGUUACUACAAAGGCCGCCGCGUCCUGGAAUUCCGCUCCCUCUCCGACUUCAUCUCCGGCCAGAACUUCCUCCAGCACCUCCUCCCUCACCCCUGGGCCGGCACCGGCCACGUCGUCUUCAACGGCUCCUUGUACUACAACAAAUUCCAGAGCAACCUGGUGAUCCGCUACCACUUCCGAUCGCGGAGCGUCCUGGUGCAGCGCAGCCUCCACGGCGCCGGCUUCAACAACACCUUCCCCUAUUCCUGGGGGGGAUUCUCCGACAUGGAUUUCAUGGUGGACGAGAACGGACUCUGGGUGGUUUACACCACCAACCAGAACGCCGGGAACAUCGUCCUGAGCCGCCUGGACCCGCAUUCCCUGGAGGUUUUACGGACUUGGGACACGGCGUAUCCCAAACGGAGCGCGGGGGAAUCCUUCAUGAUCUGCGGGAUCCUCUACGUCACCAACUCCCACCUGGCGGGAGCCAAGAUUUAUUUCGCUUAUCACACGAACACUUCCAGCUACGAGUACACGGAUAUCCCAUUCCAUAAUCAAUAUUCCCACAUUUCCAUGCUGGACUACAACCCUCGGGAGAGGGUUCUGUACACCUGGAAUAACGGCCACCAGGUCAUCUACAACGUCACGCUCUUCCACGUCAUCAACACUGCAGGAGAGCUCUGA